GCGAGCCCGCGAUUGGCGUGUCUGCAGACAGCACAAGCAAAGAGUUAGCCCGCGCGUCUUGGCGUGUCUGCAGACAGCCCAAUGAGACGCAGCACCCUCCUCCUGACGCUCCUCGGCGCCCUCGCCGACGCUCAGCGCGGCUACAACAGCUACGACGAGAUGGCGCAGGCGCAGAUGAUGUACAGGCAACAGCAGGAGCAGGCCGCGAAGGCGGCGCAGGCGCAGCGGCAGCGCGAGCUGCAGGCGCAGCAGCAGGCCGCCCUGCUGCAGCAGGCGCGGCAGCAGGCGCUGUACGAGCAGCAUCUGCGCGCCGAUCAGCAAAACAGGGCGGGCAGCUUUCCUUCGACGCCGCAGAAUUCGAAGAAGCCGCGGAUGAGUGCCAAGGAGAAGAAGGCGCACGAAAAGCGGCAGAAGGAGCUAGACGCGCAGAAGAAGAAGCAGCUCAAGGAGCUAGACAAGCGGCGGAAGCUGGCGGUGAAGGCGGCCGGACGCAGCCGGGGCGGCGAGCGGGGCCUGCUGGGGAGGGUCUUUUCGCUCAAGGGCCUGGUGCUGCUUGGCGGGGUCGGGUACCUCUACGUGGCGCAGCGACAGCUGCUCGCCGCCCUCGUCCUCAAGCCCGUCGCGCUGCUCGUCAAGGCCGUGUGGGCCGUCGCCAUCAAGCCGAUCCUCCGCAAGUUCAUCUCCCGCCCUGGCGGCGCGUACAGCGGCGGCGGCGGCGAGCUCCCGGGCGGCUACUGAAGCAGGGCCCGCUGCUGGCAUGGACGCUGAUGUGAGGAUCUCUCAUGAGGGCGGGGCUUCAGGCGGCGCGGGCGGAACGCUGCGAUUGCCCGAUUCCGGAGAGUCUCGUGAAUCUCGAAGGCAGGGCCCGAGUCGUCGUAACGAAUCAUACGUCAGGAAGCGGCCCGCGACUGCGAGAGCUGUCAGCUGAGAGCUGACCCACACGCGGCUUUCCCUAAGUAGAGCCGUAAGUCAAGGAAGGGAUGCGAUCUCGGUCUACCGAGACAUUCUUCUCAUGUGAUUUAAGUGAAUUCUUGGCUGACCCGCGUUGUGCGUACUGCGACGUGCGACACAUGUGCCAUAUACACUCAUACCUUUACUUACUCGCGAGCGU